UGCACUAAAGGCUGCUCCUCUGCGAGGCGCUCAGUGCACCCGGCACGAUGCAGAGGAGAAGCGAGCAUCGCCCCCUGCGCCCCAUCAGCCCUGUAACCGUGGGGCUCCUCUGGCUGAGCGUCAUGGGCGUCUCCUGGGCCCAGCGGGAGGUGACCAUCCAGCAGGGGCCCCUGUACCGCACCGUGGGCUCCCACAUUACCAUCUGGUGCCAGGUGAGAGGCUACCAGGGCCCCUCAGAGCAGAACUUCCAGUACUCCAUCUACCUGCUGUCCGCCCCCGACAGGGAGGUCCAGAUGGUCAGCACCCAGGACGCCUCCUUCUCCUACGCCAUCUACAGCCAGCGGGUCCGCAGUGGUGACAUCUACGUGGAGAGGGUGACCGGGGACCACAGCGUCCUACACAUCCGCCAGCUGCAGGAACGGGACACCGGAGAGUACGAGUGUCACACCCCCAACACCGACCCCAAAUUCUACGGCAGCUACAGCGCCAAGGUCAACCUGAGCGUCCUUCCAGACACUCUGUUAGUCACAAUGCCCCAACUGGAGCUGGAGAAGACAGAAAGUUCCUCUCUGGAGGUUACCUGUGAUGUGUUUAAGAGCUCACCUCGGCACACCCAUGUCUCCGUUUCAUGGUUUCUGACAACCGACAAAGAGAUUGACAUCUUGUCCUUGUCCAUGGACUUUGUUCUUAUCCCUGGAGAAUCCUUCAAGGAGAGGUUCAGGUCUGGAGAUAUCCGCAUGGACAAAAUAGGUGAAACCAUCUACAGACUGUCCAUCAAGGAGCUGCAGUUGUCAGACCAGGGGGAUCUCUUCUGCAAAGGAUCUGAGUGGAUCCAGGAUCCUGAUGGAAAAUGGACGAAGAUCACAGAGAAGUCUAACAAGACGACGAUCAAGGUGACUGCGCUGCAGGUUGGAGACUUCACAGUACAAGCGCAGAGCAAAGACACCAGGAUGAGGCCGAAGAGCGCCCUGGACAUCACCUGCUCUAUCUCCGGGCCAAGUCUCGUUACUGGACGCUUCCAUGUCUCCUGGCUGCUUGAUGGCGCCGUGAUGGCGACCUGGAACACAUCUGGUGUCAGCAGCUUCGGAACACAGUACAGAACCCGGGAGAUGACAGGACAAAUGUCUGUGAGAAGACGAGACCAAGAGACUUGGACACUAAAGAUCAACCAGGCCACUGAGCAAGAUGGCGGCUCAUACCUCUGUGAUGUCACCGAGGAGGGGUCUCGGAGGAGAAGGCAAUCCACAGCAGUAACGGUCACCAUAGAAACUGCAGGAACUUCUAUCCGGAAUGUCAGACUUCACCCUGAGGUUUCAAAUCUGUAUGAAGGGGAUUCGUUAACCCUUUCUUGCCAGGUUUCUGGAUCCUCCGGCGUUAUGGAUGUGACAUGGCUUACCAUGCAGUCCUUGGGUCGCUGGGUGGAGGUUGCUUCUCUUAGGCGUGAUGGAGAGGUGGUCGUGGCUGGUGAAUACGUCCAUAAACAUAGUUCGGGUCAGCUGACAGCGCAGAGACUACGUGAUGGACUCCACUCUUUGAGAUUAGACAGCAUGGUGGAAGAAGAUGGCGGACUGUACCGAUGCUGUCUCACAGAAUGGACGCAGCGUUCAGAUGACGAGUGGAGAAAUGAGACUUAUGUCAGUAACGAGGUCCAGAUAAGUGUCCAGCACCUGGGCUCAGGGCUGGAGGUGGUGCUCAUGUCCCGGGAGCAGCAGGUGAUGUCCGGCUCCUCCGCUCGUCUCUUCUGCAUCGUUAAGGCUCCGUACUCUCUGCAGGAUAAGCGGCUCCUCUGGUCCUGGGAUUUCCAGCCGAGAUUUGGAUCUUUCCAGAACCUGGUGAAUGUGUCCGGGGAUGGCGGGCUGUCCUGGGAGGAGAACGCCCCCAGAUUUCAGGGGGCAGCCCAGAUCUCCAUAGUGGGGCAUACAAGCACCCUGAAGAUCUACCCGAUACAGCGCCAGCACCACCAGGGGGCAUACCGCUGCCGGGUCCAAGUCCUGAGGAGAGACGCCUCUGUGCCUCACACCUCAGCCUCUUCUAUUGCCAUGAAUGUAAAUGUCCAGUUACCAGUUAACACGCUGAACGUCUGCCGGCAGAACAUGACCCUCGCGGUGCCUGCGGGGGCUGACGUGGUGCUGCGCUGCCCCCUAGAGGACGUCCAGGGCUCCGCUGCCCUCUACUCUGUGUCCUGGCAUUUCCAGGCUGCUCCGCUCCUCUACCCCAGCCUCCUGUACAGAGUCGGGUGGGAGGGGGUCACUGAAUAUAUGGAGGGGUUGGCGCAGCGCCUGCAGAUGGUGGCCGCAGUGCGGGGGAACUAUAGCUUAAUUCUGCGCACUGUGGGACAGGAAGAUGCUGGGAGAUAUCACUGCCAGGUGGAGGAGUGGAGGCUGCUGGAAGGCAACUGGAGGUUGGAGGCUUCUGAUACCUCAGGAUACUUGCAGCUCGAGGUAGUCAUCCCAGAUGAUCGGCUGAGGGUGAACCUCACUGAAUUAACCCUCGUGGCCCCAGAGGAGUCCAGCUUGACCUUGCCCUGUCAUGUGCUGUCUACAUCUGUCUCCGGCUCCAUCUUCUCGAUUACUUGGUGGAAGGUCCGGGUCCUGGGGCCCCAACUGCUGUUCAAUGCCAGCCACCUGGGCCACUUUGUGUACCCCAGUGAGGAGGGCAACCGUCUCCAGUAUGAGCAAGCCUCAGAGCUGACGUUCCAUCUGAGGAUCCUCCGCACACAUCGGGCAGAUACUGGGGUCUACUACUGCAGGAUCCAGGAGUGGGCACGGACGCCCCGCGGGGUCUGGUACCAGAUCGGACAGCGAAGUGGGGGGAACAUGUCCAUUACCAUCCAGCCAGCAGGUUUUCACUCUCACAUCUGCCCGUCUCCGGGGUUCCUCUACUUUCUGCUUGUCGUCUUGGGGCUCUUCCUCUUCCUGCUCAUGGUCCUUGGGUGGAGACUUCUUACAAGAUGGAGGAACAAGACUAGGAGUUCAUCCACACAGGCGGAAAAGGCUUUGUGGACUUCAAUGAAGACGUCUAAGGUGAACUUUGAUGAUCGGAGUGAGGAGGAGCCUGAGACAGUGGAGACGGAGCAGAUCCAGCUCCAGUCUGCAAAGGACCUUAGUCAGUGACUAAUAGUGAAGCUGCAGGCUCCAAAGAUGAGGAGACCUGGAGGUCACAUCGGGGAUGCACAAUAACGAGUAGCCACCCUCUUGUGCCGGUGCCACUUACGUCUGCAGCUGAACAUGUAUCCUGCACAUGAACAGGAUUUAUUCUCCAUAAACUUAAUCAACAAUGAAUUUACCACAGAAUGGGCUCCUGGAGAAGGGGACCCAACACACAUUCCCUUCUCUAUAAGGGAGAUAUGACCCAGCAGAGGACUCCUGCCCUCUUCAAAGAAAUGGAACCAGAUACAUACCCUUAGAAGCGCACGGGAGGUACAAGACCACCUGGCCAGGGAUUGCAGAUCAUGUGCUCCACCCACUUCAACUCCCCCGCUGUGCGUCAGAUCCUGCAGAGACUAAUAAAUGGUGAUGU